AUGGAUACGCUAAUAGGCCUGAAAGGCAAAAACUUCAUAAUCCUAGCGGCAGAUACGUACAGUGUCAAUUCAAUUAUCAAGUUAAAAAAUGACGACAAAACCAAGUUUUACGAUAUUAACGGAAACAAGUGCCUUCUCCUGGGUGGAUCCAUUGGAGAUAGAAUUCAGUUUGGUGAAUUCAUAAGGAAGAAUGUGCACCUGUACCAGUACCAGAACUCUACCGAUUUGUUUGUGAAAUCGUUUGCCUUUUUUACGCGCAAAAAUUUGGCCUACUAUUUGAGGAGAAACCCCUACGAGGUCAAUUGCCUCAUAGCUGGAUAUGACAACAAGGACGGUUACCAACUAUACUGGUGCGACUACCUUAGCAACAUGGACGCUGUCAACAAGGGUGCGCACGGAUACGGUGCAUACCUUGUGAACGGUAUCCUGGAUAAAUACUACCAUGAGAAUAUUAAUCUGGAUGAAGCCUUACUCAUCUUUAAAAAGUGUUUUGAAGAAUUGAAGAAGAGAUUUCUCCUAACCCAAAUAAAUUACGAACUACGUAUUAUGACAGAUAACAAGGUAGAGGCUCAGCUCGUGACCAUUUGA